AUGGCACCCGAGUUACUCAAAAAACCGCCCCAAGCACCACCCCUGUUCGUCGCGACACCUACGUCAAUCAUCGACGAUACCAAACGUCUAAUCGCCCGCUCCCGCAAAGUUCAAGACGAAGUAGCCAACGGCGUGAAACCGGAAGACGCAACUUUCGCCAAUGCCUUGCUCCCACUCGCCCAGGAUGAGAAUGCAAUGACCCUCGAGGCACACAUCAUCGGCUUCUACCAGGCCGUCUCAACCGACCAAAAGCUCCGCGAUGCGUCCAGCGAAGCUGAGAAAUUACUCGACGACUUCGGCAUUGAGACUGCCAUGCGCGAGGAUUUAUUCAAGCUUGUCGACGCCGCGUUGAAAAAGGACGAAAAGUUAGACCCGGAGUCCCGCCGGUUGUUGGAAAAGGAACACAAGGAUUACAUCCGGAAUGGAUUGGGAUUACCGGCUGGACCGAAGAGGGAUCGGUUCAAGGAGAUUAAGAAGAGGCUUAGUCAGUUAAGCAUCGAAUUCCAGAAGACUCUCAAUGAGGAGAAUGGCGGGAUCUGGUUUACGCGUGAAGAGCUUGAUGGUGUUCCGGAGGACGUCCUGUCUGGAUUGGAAAAGGGGAAGGAUGAGAAUGAGGGGAAGUUACGAUUGACGUUCAAGUACCCUGAUCUAUUUCCAACACUGAAAUAUGCGAAGAACGCAGAGACGCGGAAACGUGUCUCGAUUGGGAAUGAGAAUAAGUGUAACUCGAAUGCCCCCCUGUUCAAGGAGGCGAUGGUUCUGCGUGACGAGGCUGCCCGAUUACUAGGGUAUCCGAACCAUGCCGCUUUCCGUAUUGAGGAUAAGAUGGCCAAGACACCGGAGACCGUGAAUACGUUUUUGGGCGACUUACGAUCUCGAUUGACAGCGGGCGGAUUCAAGGAGAUUGAAAAACUAAAGGAACUCAAAAAGGCUGACGUGGAGUCUCGCAGUGAGAAGUUUGAUGGACAUUACUUCCUUUGGGAUCAUCGGUUCUAUGACCGCUUGAUGCUGGAGAAGGAGUAUCAAUUGGACCACCAGAAAAUCUCAGAAUACUUCCCUCUACAAACGACGAUUCGCGGCAUGCUUGAGAUUUUCGAGGAGUUGUUUGGCUUGGUCUUUGUCGAGGUUAAAGGCGAGGAUCGUGCUAGUAUUUCUCCUUCUGGGAAGGGAGAAGAUAUUGUUUGGCAUGAGGAUGUGCAGUUGUUUAGUGUGUGGGAUGAUGAAGCUCAGGGAAGUGGAUUUGUGGGCUACCUUUACCUAGAUUUGCAUCCUCGCGAGGGCAAGUAUGGACAUGCUGCCAACUUUAAUCUGCAGCCGGGCUUCAUCGACUCCAACGGUAACAAACGCUAUCCCGCCACAGCAUUAGUGUGUAACUUUUCCAAACCCACGGCCAAAAAACCAAGUCUCUUGAAACACGACGAAGUCGUAACCCUCUUCCACGAACUCGGCCACGGGAUCCACGACCUCGUCGCAAAGACAAUCUACUCUCGAUUCCACGGCACAAACACCGUUCGCGACUUUGUCGAAGCACCGAGUCAAAUGCUGGAGAACUGGUGCUGGACGCCAUCUCAACUCAAAUCGUUGAGUCGGCAUUACUCUACGCUAUCGGACGAGUAUCGCAAAUCCUGGGAAGAAUCAUCUGGUAGCUCGACUGCAGCACCGGCCCGUAUCCCCGACGACGUGAUUGAAUCCCUGAUUCGAACAAAACAUGUCAACGACGCACUUUUCAACCUCCGUCAGCUCCAUUUCGGCAUCUUCGACAUGACCAUGCACACACCUUCCUCGCACGAAGAAAUCGUCAAUCUAAACCCAACAGUAACCUACAACACCCUGCGCAAAGAAAUCUCCCAAAUCGAGGGCCCGGAAGUUUUGGGUCAGGGGAACGAAUGGGGUAAUGGCCAAGCGACCUUCGGCCAUUUAAUGGGCGGCUACGACGCGGGUUAUUACGGGUAUUUGAGUUCCCAGGUGUAUUCCACGGAUAUGUUUUAUACGAUUUUUAAGCAGAAUCCGAUGGAUCCUGUGCAAGGGAGGAGGUAUAGACACACCGUGCUGGAGAAGGGCGGCAGUCAGGAUGAAAUGAAGUCUUUGACGGAGUUUUUGGGCAGGGAGCCGAAGACCGAAGCCUUUUAUAAGGAUUUGGGCUUGGCUUGAUUAUCUCCAAUGGGGGGGGGAGUGUUACUUGACUGUGUAGUUGUAGUUGACUUUGCCAACGGAAUGAUAUAUCGGGUGGAUCCAGGCUAAAUUUAAGCUAGCUCUAUCAACUCAUUCAAUUUAAUUUCCAUUUCUUCC